CUCUCAAUAACCCUCAGAGUUCUCAGCCACCAAGGCUUUUUAGUCAGGUGACAGUGAAACCGGCUGCUAGAAUACAUCCAGAAAAAGAGCAUUUACCAUCUGUCAGUUCAGCUGCUUUUGGAAAAGAUCAAGUGAGACUUUCGAAGCCUCCUGGAGGAGAUUCAGCUCACCCUCAAAAAGACAUGGACACUUUACAUCAGAGCUCCUCCGCACAGUCAAAGAUUGGCAAUGCUUCAAAAUCUGCAUCAAGGCCUGUAGCAAACAUACAAUCUAUUAAAGUGGCUGAUUCUAUCUCAGAGCAGAGCCCAGCAGCUGGUGUAUCGUCAUUGACCUCUCAGGCUCCCAGUGAGCCUUCAGUAUCUGUAAUUACAGAUAGUAGUGUAGAUGCAACAACUGAAACACUUGGCGUCCUGGAACCCACUGAAGAUCAACAGAAAAAACAAGCAAUAAGAGGACAGGCUCUUGGGAAAUCUACCUCAGUUUCAAGUCCCCCAUCCCAGUAUCCACUAACUGGACACGUUGAGGUCAAGACUGCUGCUUCAUUGGGCCCUGCUGCACUGGGAAACAGUAGGGAAAAUCUUUCUCCUUCAGAGUCCGUUGUAUUGAAAAGCUGCAUUACUGGAGAUAGUGGAAAAGAAGUUUCGCCCGAACUUUUGGAUUCCAGAAAUCUGGUUGCAGGUAUGCCAGUACCUAAAACUGGGGAUAGAUAUGAAGUAACAUUGCCGGAGGUUGGUGAACAGGGUGAGAAUAAUAUCUCGAAGCCGUCUUCUGGAUCUCUUCUGGUAAAAUCUGUUGAGGUGUCUGGCCUGACCGAAGAGGGAUCUCCUGAGAAAGCAACAAAUGCCAACAUUGAGAGCGGUCAGCCAGAAACUGGAGAGGAAGAUACAAAUGCAUCUGCCGGCUCAACUGGAGUUGAUAGCAUGGCUGAUAGCAUAACAUCAUCCACUUGUAAUCAGAAUUUUACAGAUACUGAGGCUUGCACAUCAGCAAUAGGUCUAUCAGCUCAAGAUGAUCAGGCAUCAGAUAUUGCAGACCCCGAAGAAGCUGCUGUGACAGAAUCGGCUGUAGUAAGUCAGGAAUCUGCCUCUAAUUUGGUUAAGAAUUCUGAUGAGGCCACUUCGAAGUGUGAAGAUGAAAAUACUGAAGCUGAUAAUUCCGGUGUAGCUAAGUCGUCGUCUGGUGUCAAGGAGAAAUCUCUGGUGGAUUCCAAUGUGCCUAAGGUUACUGCGGCUAGGGGAAAGAUGAAAAAGAAAGACUUGUACAAGAAAGCAGAUGCUGCUGGCGCGACUUCUGAUCUCUAUAUGGCUUAUAAGGGUCCAGAGAAAAAAGAUGAACUUGCUCCAUCUGUGGAAGCCGGCGAAAUCACUUCUAAGAAUAACUCGAAGCCUCUAUCUGAUGAUGCGCCUCAGGAAGAUCUUACAUCAACUAAGAAGGUUGGUGAAGUUAAAACAGAGCCUGAUGAUUGGGAGGAUGCCGCAGAUAUAUCUACUCCUAAACUAGAAGCUGCUCCAGAGCACGGGAAGCAAGUUGAUGGUGAAGAUGGUGAUGGUAUGACAACCAAGAAAUAUUCAAGAGAUUUCUUACUUAAAUUUGCAGAACAAUGUAUUGAUAUUCCUGAGGGUUUCCAAGUUCCUUCUGAUAUAGCUGAUAUUUUGAUAAAUGCGAAAAUCAGUGUUUUCCGUGAGCCUUGCCCUAGUCCUGGAAGAGCUCUCGAUAGGCCAUCUAGUGGACUUCGUGAACGCCGCGGAGGUGGCAUUGGGGAUGGAGAUAAAUGGAGUAAGAUGUCUGGGCCUCUUAUGCCUGGGCGAGAUAUACAGCCGGACCUUGUUUAUGGGGGAAACGUUAUGGGAUUUCGACCUGGCCCAGGUGGCAAUUGUGGUGUUUCGAGACACCCUCGAGCGCCGAUGCCUAUUGCUCAGUUUGCCGGGGGUAUACUGCCUGGACCAAUGCAAUCUAUGGGUCCUCAUGGAGGAGUCCAGAGAAAUGGGGUUGAUGCUGACAGGUGGCAGCGUGGAACUGCUUUCCAAAAGGGUUUAAUGCCUUCUCCUCAGACACCAGCAAAGAUUAUGCACAAAGCUGAAAGAAAGUAUGAAGUAGGUAAAAUAACAGACGAGGAACAAGCCAAACAGAGACAGCUGAAAGCUAUCUUAAAUAAGCUAACUCCCCAAAACUUCGAAAAAUUAUUCCAGCAAGUCAAAGAAGUCAAUAUUGACAAUGAUGUGACGCUCAAUGGUGUAAUUUCUCAGAUAUUUGAUAAAGCUUUGAUGGAACCAACUUUUUGUGAGAUGUAUGCCAACUUCUGUCAGCACCUAGCGGCAGAGUUGCCUGAUCUGAGCGUAGACAAUGAAAAAAUCACUUUUAAGAGGUUACUUCUGAACAAAUGUCAGGUAGAGUUUGAAAGAGGAGAAAGAGAAGAACAAGAAGCUAAUGUGACUAACGAGGAAGGCGAAGUAAAACUGUCGGCAGAGGAGAGGGAGGAAAAAAGAGUCAAAGCACGGCGACGAAUGUUGGGGAAUAUCAGACUGAUCGGAGAACUUUAUAAGAAGAGAAUGUUGACAGAGAGAAUUAUGCACGAGUGCAUCAAGAAGUUGUUAGGUGACUAUCAUAACCUUGACGAGGAGAAUAUUGAAGCUUUGUGUAAGUUGAUGAGUACAAUUGGGGAGAUGAUAGAUCAUGCCAAAGCAAAGGAACAUAUGGAUGUAUACUUCGAUAGGAUGGAAAAGUUAUCAAAUAACAUGAAACUUUCUUCUAGGGUGAGGUUUAUGUUGAAGGAUUCAAUUGAUCUAAGAAAAAACAAAUGGCAGCAAAGGAGAAAAGUUGAAGGGCCUAAGAAGAUAGAGGAAGUGCAUAGGGAUGCUGCCCAAGAACGACAUGCACAAGCUACUAGGCUUGCUCGUACUCCUAGUUUGGGUGUUUCUGCUAGAAGGGGUCAACCAAUGGAUUUUGCUCCAAGAGGGAGUAUGUUGUCUUCUCCAGGCUCUCAGAUGGGUGGUUUCCGUCCUGUGUCUCCACAGGUCCGUGGCUUUGGCAUGCAGGACGUACGGGUGGAUGAGAGACAUUCUUUCGAGAAUAGGACAUUAUCACUUCCCCUGACCCAGAGGCCUCUUGGUGAUGAUCCAAUCACACUUGGGCCCCAAGGUGGUCUUGCUAAGGGAAUGUCUUCUAGGGGCCAACCUGCUGCGCCAAGCAUUCCAUUCACUGAUAAUGUGCCAAAUUUUGGAGAUUCUCGAAGGAUGACACAUGCCCAAAAUGGCUAUGGUUUGCCUGAACGUGCCCCUUAUGCUUCAAGAGAGGAGCUUAUGCCCAAAUAUAUGCCCGAUCGAUUUUAUAGUCAACAUGAUCAAGCAAGUGCACCAGAAAGGAACUUGACUUAUGGGAGUAGGGAUCGUGGAUUUGAUACUUCUCGGCCUGCUUCACCACCUGUGAGAAGUGGAGGGCCAAUUUCGACACAGAAUUUUGCUUCUGAGAAGGUUUGGUCAGAAGAACGUCUGCGGGACAUGUCUAUGGCUGCUAUCAAGGAAUUCUACAGUGCGAAAGAUGAGAAAGAGGUUGCUUUGUGUGUAAAAGACUUGAAUGCACCCAACUUCUAUCCAUCAAUGAUUUCAAUUUGGGUUACUGACUCUUUCGAGAGGAAGGAUAUGGAGAGGGAUCAUUUGGCAAAGCUUCUCAUCAGUCUAGCUAAAUCUCAAGACGUGACAAUAAGUCAAGAUCAGCUUGUUAAAGGGUUUGAAUCCGUUUUGGUUACCUUGGAGGACGCAGUCAAUGAUGCCCCUAGAGCAGCAGAAUUUCUUGGUCGCAUCUUUGCAAAGGUCAUACUGGAAAAUGUGCUACCAUUUAAUGAAGUUGGGCAUUUGAUAUACAAAGGUGGGGAAGAGGAAGGACGCCUUGUGGAAAUAGGGCUUGCCGCUGAAGUUCUUGGGAGCGCAUUGGAGGUAAUCAAGCUAGAAAAAGGUGAGUCCGUCGUGUCGGAAAUCUGCAGAAGCUCUAAUAUGCGGCUAGAGAACUUCCGGCCUCCAGGUGGUUCUAACAAGCAAUGGAAACUAGACAAAUUUAUUUAGGUAACAGGGAGGGAUUGUAUCUUGGUAGAGAUUCAUGUCUAGUUUUUAGGGCACAUUUUAAUUUUGCAGAUAUAUUUAAAUGGUGAUUAAUAUAAGGGUUUAUAUCCUUGAAUUUUUUUUAGUACC